GUCACUUGGGGUUGGCGUCGCGUUGGCAUGUCCCGAGCCACGAAGCGCAAGCACGUGAUCAAGGAGGUGCUUCUGGGCGACCUGACGCUGCCCUCGGGGACCCAGCAGGUGGUCCGCGUUGCGGCCAGCCGGGGCAACAACCUGCACGAGGUGGAGACCCCGCGGGGGGAGCGGUUCCUCGCCUCCAUGCCCACCAAGUUUCGCAGGAACGUGUGGAUCAAGCGCGGGGACUUUGUGCUGGUGGAGCCCGUCCCCGAGGGCGACAAGGUGAAGGCGGAGAUGGUCGGCAUCCUGACGCCGGAGCACGUGCGCUUCUACAAGUCGAACCGCUGCUGGCCGGCGGAGUUCGAGAAGGCCGUCGGCGAGGACCUGUUUGUGAACACCAACCGGCAGCUGCCCCGGGACGACUUCAGCGACGGCGAGAGUGUCCGCGAGGACCUGUUCGUGAACACCAACCGGCAGGUGCCCCGGGACGACUUCAGCGACGGCGAAGCCAGCAGCGAUCAGGAGUCCUCCGCGUCAGACGGAAUACACGAAGACGAGAACACUUGAACUUUGUACUACUCCCGUGACGGCGAUAGCCGGUGUGCAUUUUUCUUUGGAUUUGUACAGUAAUUUUUCAGGUGCUUUGUGGAUUUUGAUAAAAAUAUAGUUACGAAAGGUU